AUGUCGGGCUGGUGGUGCUCUGGCCGAGAACGUGUAGUCAUUCUUGGGUCAGGAUGGGCAGGCUUCACCGUUGCCCGCGCUCUUGACCCCUCAAAGUAUCAAACUAUUGUAGUUUCUCCCCGGUCAUACUUUGCCUUUACCCCUCUGCUUGCUUCUACAGCAGUAGGCACACUGGAAUUCAGAACUGCACUAGAACCUGUCCGGAGCCGAAGGACCAAAGUGGAAUUUCUGCAGGGCUGGGCUGAUGAUGUGGAUUUCAAGAAUCGAACCAUUACUAUUGAAGAGGCGGUCGAUGAUCCGAAGCAAGGUGUGGCGCUGACGACUGACCGACACGCGGGAAAGACUGCAGAGCAGAGGGCUCUUGAGAAGAAGCAGGAGACCAAAGAGGGCAAAAUGUUCGAUGUGAACUACGACAAGUUGAUCGUUACCGUGGGCUGCUACAGCCAGACAUUUGGCACACCGGGUGUCAAGGAACAUGCCUUCUUCCUCAAAGAUGUGGGCGACGCACGCAGAAUCCGAAACCGCAUUCUAGCCUGCUUCGAAGGCGCUGCUCUUCCUACCACUCCUGUGGACAUGAAGCGUCAACUACUAAACUUUGCCGUUGUAGGUGGCGGACCAACCGGCAUCGAGUUCAGCGCCGAACUCCACGACCUGAUUAAUGAAGACUUGAAGAAGCUAUACCCAGAACUCAUCAAGUAUCACAAGAUCACCGUUUACGACGUAGCCGAAAAAGUUCUCCCCAUGUUCGACAAGAAACUAGCCGACUAUGCCAUGCAAAAGUUCAAGCGCGAAGGCAUCGACAUCAAGACGAGUCAUCACGUCGAGGAGCUGCGUGCCGGAGCACCCGUGAAAACGAGUAACUCGGGAAAAGUCCAAGACUCGCACCUAUAUACUCUCAAGGUCAAAGAACAAGGCGAAAUCGGCGUGGGCAUGUGUGUAUGGAGCACAGGCCUAAUGCAAAACCCCUUCGUCCACACCGCGCUCUCCAGCGUCCGCUCCGCCCCUUCCAACCUCAUAACCCCUUCUCCCUCAUCCUCUUCACCCUCCUCCGUCCAAUGGACCGUAAAAAAAGACCCAAAAACCGGUUCCAUAGUAACAGACUCCCAUCUCCGCGUUAAACUCGUUCCCGCCGAUUCAUCUCCCUCUUCUUCCUCUUCUUCAUCCCCAGAACCCUCAUCUUCCGCUUCCGCGUCAGAAAAAACAGAAGCAAUACACCCAGACGUCUUCGCCCUAGGCGACUGCGGCACAAUCGAUGCAACAAACUAUCCCGCCACCGCGCAAGUCGCAAGCCAGAAAGCCGUCUGGCUCGCCAAACAACUGAAUAAAUCGUCAACCCUACAAAGUUCAGCAAAGGGCUUCACGUACCGCGAUCUAGGCACGCUGGCCUACAUUGGUAAUUGGAAUGCACUGUUCCAGGGCGGCGGCAAGUGGGGAGGCAGAUUACAAGGGUAUGUAGCGUGGAUUAUCUGGCGGGGAGCGUAUAUCACGCGAACGGUGAGUUUGCGGAAUAAAGUGCUUGUGCCUGUGUAUUGGGUUGUGAAUUGGGUGUUUGGGCGGGAUAUAAGUCGAUUUUGA